UGCCCAAAGUUAUAUGGGGAAAAUUAAAAGCUUAAUCAACAGACUGUUAUGUGAAAUUUUACUAAAAUAUUGUAUUUAUUUUUUAACUAGACAAAGAAUUUAGAUGAACAAAAUGAAAAUCAUUCAAGGCUCUCUUUCAAACUUGCAAACCUAAUCUCCAAAAAACACACUGUCCUAAUAGAAUGUCACCACUAGAUGGCAGCAGAGACAUGUGAGAGCAUCGACGAAAGAAGUAAAGGACAAUUGAAACGUUUGUCUAUUUUUUAUUAUUAUUUUUUUUCUAAAAUACCAGCACUCAACACAACACCUCACUCCUCGUUGAGCGUCAGGAACCAUUUCAAAGGUUUGAAGUGGAGUUUGAUGGGAUCAUCUACGCAGACAACAAUAAAUAAACAAGGAAAUGUAAAUGAUGGUGACUGACACGCCUCCAACCAAUUGGAGGGCUGCUUUUAGCCACUUCCCAGCUCUAAGCCAAUCAAAACACUGUAGGAACAAGCCCCCGCCUUUGCGGUUGAGUCGACUUUUCUUCUUCGAGUACGUGCUGCCUGAAACACCUUCAACAGUCCGGAAGUUCGUCAGGCAAACCUUCAAAAUAAAAGUAAAAAAAAUACAACACAAGUAUAGUAAGCAUUUUUUUUUAGAUGUAAUAAAAAAUAUGCUUCCUUUUAAGAUUUUUUAACAGGAAAACUUGCAAGGAUUUGUUUGGCUUGCUUUUUAAUUUUCUAAGCAUUUUUGCCUUUGUUGAUUCUAUUGUAUAUUUUUUUCUUAAUGUAAUGAAAGAAAGUAUAUUUUAGCAUAAUUAAAAAGAAUCUCUCGAAAUGUCCGCAUUUUUAAUGACAUUUUGGAGUAGGGAGAGAGAAGUGAGUGAGAGUGUGCUUUUCCAUGGUUAACGACUUCGAAAAUAAAUUAUAACAAUAAUACAUAAUAAAAAGCUAUUUAGAAAAAAAAACAAAACAAAACUAUUUUUCCAUUUUUUUUACCCUGAUAGGUUAUCUUAGAGAAAUGCAGGAUUCAUUCUCGUGUUUGUUUAAAAAAAAAAGAAAAGAAAAGAAAAGAAACAAGAUAAUAUGGUGAUCAUUUUUUUAUUUGACCAUUAAAUACAUAUAAACAAUGAAUUUAACCUAUACGUGUUUUGUCAAAUACAAUAUAUAUUAUUGUUUUUUUCUUGAAAUGAAGUAAAAAAAAACUAGAAAAAUAUUGCAACUUGAUUUUUUUAAAAUUGUUGUAUGUGUGUAAGAAAAAGAAUAAAUAUUUUAAUAACCUGUUAACAUGUUUUCGGAAAUAACUCACAAAGUUUUAUUUUGAAAUGCCAAAAGGGAAAUGUUCCUCCGUCCUAUCGUUUGAGUUAACAUCGAGGAGCUGAUCUGAACAUCCACAAAUGUAGAUCACGGAAGCUGAAUUGGAAGCGGUUCGUGUCCGGUCUCGUAACCGUAUGGACCGCACCGCAUCGCGUCUUUCCGAACCCGCGUCGGAGGAUGGAAAUGUGGACACGGAGAGGAGAGGACUGCCGCUGUCACCGGCGGUGAGAUGGUCUCAUUUGUCCUGAGGCAGCCUCUGACGUCACACCCAGACAUCAUAGUUUAAACUUUCAAAAUGAGGCUCUUUCUGCCUCUGCUGAAAAACGCACACCCGAAAAUCGAGUUUUACUCCCGGUUUUCCCCGUCGCCGCUUUCCAUCAAGCAGUUCUUGGAUUUCGGAAGAGAUAAUGCAUGUGAAAAAACCUCCUACAUGUUUCUGCGGAAGGAGCUGCCGGUGCGGCUGGCCAACACCAUGAGAGAGGUUAACCUGCUGCCUGAUAAACUGCUAAGCCAGCCCUCUGUCAGGCUGGUCCAGAAAUGGUACAUGCAGAGUUUCGUGGAGCUGCUGGACUAUGAGAACAGAAAGCCAGAGGAUCCUCAAACUCUGAAUGACUUCCUUGAGGUCUUGAUUGAGAUCCGGAACCGGCACAACGAUGUGGUUCCCACCAUGGCUCAGGGAGUCAUAGAAUACAAGGAGAAGUUCGGCUUCGACCCCUCUGUCAGCAGCAACGUCCAGUAUUUUCUCGACCGCUUUUACACCAACCGCAUUUCUUUCCGCAUGCUGAUCAACCAGCACACACUCCUGUUUGGUAACGACACCAACCCGGCCCAUCCGAAACACAUCGGCAGCAUCGAUCCAACCUGUAAUGUAGCCGAAGUCGUGAAGGAUGCCUACGAUACUGCCAAGAUGCUGUGUGAGAAGUACUACUUAGCUGCUCCAGAGCUCAAGAUCGAGGAGUUUAACAUGAAGGCUCCUAAUAAGCCCAUCCAGGUGGUGUAUGUGCCCUCUCACCUUUUCCACAUGCUGUUUGAGCUCUUCAAGAACUCGAUGAGGGCGACGGUGGAACUUCAUGAGAACAGUGCAGAGGGAUUACCUCCUGUGAAGACCAGAGUCACUUUGGGUAAAGAGGACCUCUCUGUAAAGAUCAGCGAUAAAGGAGGAGGCGUUCCUUUGAGGAAAAUUGACCGUCUCUUUAACUACAUGUACUCCACUGCCCCGACACCGAGCCUCGAGCCGGGAGCUGUACCACUGGCUGGUUUUGGCUACGGCCUGCCGAUCUCUAGACUCUACGCUCGGUACUUUCAGGGUGAUCUGAAGCUCUACUCCAUGGAGGGAGUUGGCACUGAUGCUGUCAUCUAUCUGAAGGCUCUGUCUAGUGAAUCCUUCGAGCGCUUGCCGGUCUUCAACAAGUCAGCAUGGAGGCAUUACAAGACCAGCCCUGAGGCGGAUGACUGGAGCAACCCCAGCAAAGAGCCACGUGACGCCAGCAAGUCCAAAUACAAAGCCAACAGAUAAUAGCUCUGCCCGUCCUGCUGCUGUAGCCCUCCGUGUGGAGCGUGAACACUGAAGUGUUGCUCUUGGGUUUGCACAUCGUUAAGGAUCAUGUUUGCUUUUACAUUCCACUGUUAAAGGGUCUAGGGGGUGACCUUGACCUUAACUUUGACCCAAUGGCAACCACCUGAAUCAGCAUAGCUUUUUGUCGUUAUGAUUGUGGAUCCCCCUGCGUGUAACUCCAUUAACGUGUGAACGGUUGUUUUAGGGGAUUAGGACACAUUUAGACGGCGUCCUCCUGCAAAAUUCACUGCAUCACUGUAACCCCCCACCCGUCUGUGCAGUUUGGCUGCGCUCAGCUUUGCUGAGUUGGUCGUUGCUGUGGCUGAAUAAGCCAAACGCUGCCGAGUGUCUUUCUCACCAUCAGUAAGGGCCAGUAUUCUGUUUCUUCCUCUCCAUCUGCAGGAAAGCGUCAGGCAGGCGGGGUUGAGUUUCAGUACAAAAGUGAACAAGAGGAGGUUUCAUUAUUUUCCCCUUUGGGGAAACAGUGCAGUUGGCAUGGAAAAGUCUUAUUUUCAGGUAAAAUAAAGCAAAUAUUUAUAGUUGAUGGGGAAAGGGGACCUUUCAAAAUAAAAGACAAAGGAAUCCAUGCAUCACUUUAUUACUUUUAAAGAAGUAGACGUCAGGGAUUCUUAUUUUUUGGUUUGUCAAAGAAACUUCUAGAAACUUAAUGUAUAUUUGAUGUUUUUUAAAAUGUGUUGAAGGCUCUUAAGAGUUUAAAGGGAAGAAUAGAUUUUUAGCAUUUUCAACUUGUUUUCUCACUAAAGUAAACCAGCUGUAGGUGAUGGUUCUGCUAAGAGACCAUCCCUGUGUUCUAACUGAACCACCUUUGAAGGAAGAGUGGAGCUUCUGCUCAUUCCAGCUCUGUCUGCUGAUUAUUUUGAAAAGAAAUGGACCUAUUGUGUCCAUCGUUGGACACAUUUUACUUUACAGAACAUGCUUUUGUCUGCCUGUCACAGUGAGAAAAACCACUUAACUUGCAUUUUUGGGUUGAUCCAGUCAGCCUUGUGUUUCACUUGUUGUGUGACUAACUCUUCUUCUCAGUUUUUGUGGAUAAGAUUGAACAAAGUUAGCAUUUUUCAAAAAUGCCCUUUUUUUCUAUUUUAAAGGUUAAAAAAAUCCAUUCAAAGAAAAUGCAGCUAGUGUUGAUUAUUUCUUUUUGUAGCUUUGUAGAAUUCAUUUUACUUUAUUUGUACAACAGUAAUGGCUCAUGUAAAGUUACAUUUGAAAAUUAUGAUCAGAGGAGAACUUUGUGUAGACAAAAAUAAUUCCAAGGUUUGACAAAAACACAGAUGGGUCACGAUGAGCAUUAAUGUCAGCAUCUUUCAAAAUAACUUUUUUUCUUCAGAUUGUGAUUGAAAAUCAUUAUGUAAACAAAAUAAAAGAUAAAAUCCCAACUUUUUGGGGAGGAUUUUCCAAAUCUGUGUUGGAAGGUUUUAAUUGACUUGAUUUUAUUUUUUCAUCACCUUCUGCUUUGUCUGAUACAAAACGACAGAAGAUUUCCCUGUUUGACUGUGUGUAGGCUCAUUUCCAGCCUCUGUGUCAGAGUUUAUCCCUGCCAAUGACUUUGAAACCUGCCAGUCUCAUCAAGUGACGCAAUUGUUUGGCUAUAGAGUAGCAAUUGUAACUGUGAGACCAUAAAACCCUUCUUUAUUGAGAAAAAAAAGGAAAACUUCAACUCAGAUGAUAAGCUUUACUGUCUGCCUUUGGAGUAUUUUUGGAAAUAUCAUGUGUAAAGUGUUAUGUGUUAGGCCAGGGGUCUGCAACCUUCAACACUGUAAGUGACACACUGGUUUGUAUUAUGUUUCGUUGCUAUGAUAAAUAUUAAUUAACCAUUUUUUUACAUAAAUAAAACAUAUUUUUUUCUAAAUAUAAAAUAGUUUAUAACUUUUGACAGCAGUUCCUUUGACUUCCUUUCAAAAUAAAAGACUCCCUGGUUUUAUUGGUCCAUAAAUAAAAUACACAGUUUAUUUGUCCAUUUGUGUUACAUCUCUGCCAGAAAUUCAUAAAUCUAACUAUAGUUAAAUCAGAGCUAAUUCAGUUGCCCUCACCAUAUUUUUUAACCAUAAAGUGGACUUAAUAUCCUUGAAUUUGUUGAAAAAUAGAAAAUCUGCUUUACUUUCUAGAUUAAGUAUAAAUUCUGGUUGUGCUUACUGACCUCAAAAGCAUUCACAAAUAUGUCAAAAUGUUUAAUUUUGGUAAACUAUGAAGCUGAACCGCUUGCUGAAUUGUUGGAGAAUUGGGGGUACUGUAGUCAGAAGCAGUGUGGAGUGAUAAGUACUGUUCUUUAAUAGAUCAAAUAACAUUUACAUUUUACUUUACAAUUACUAUAUGAAAUUUUCUUUUAUCAGAGAGCCACAAUAGAGGGGUCAAAGAGCCACAUGUGGCUUCGGAGUCUCAGGUUGCAGACCCCUGUGUUAGGUUGUAUAAACAGUGUGGUGUGACCCACUGUGUUUUCCAUCCUGCUGUACAUCGAGCUUAAAUUAUGUGUGUGCAUGAACCUUCUAAUAGAAGAGGGAGCCAUGCAGUAUAUAUGCAAAGCCCCCCCCCAAAAAAAAAGGGGGUCAGAUCCAUCCUAUAAUGGAGCAUGAGAUCCGUUUACUGUAACACUGUCCCAUUUAACAAUAAAGAAAACUCUGUGUGA